AUGAACAGAGUCGCGAACAAUAACAGCUUCUUAAGUAGCUGGUCCGAGUCCAAUAUGCUAUUCAGUCAGAGUCUUAUUGGACCAAUCCUACUUUCCCUACUGGCACCGAAAAAACUUCUUCUUGUUCCCCGGACCACCUUCCACGUCAUAGACAUUAUGACAUCUUUCAAUCUUCUUCUGAGUAAGAAUGAUAAGAAGAUGCUGUGGUAUGCUUUCCAGAGUACUUUACUUUUGCAUAUCUUGGACUAUAAUACGAAAAAUGAAUUCGGAUUUGCACUCGGCUGCAAGGAGAGUCUUGCCCCUGCCGGAUCUGUGCUAAACGAUAUGCCGCUACCUACGAGUUCCAGAGCCGAGAGCUUGUAG